CUUAGAUUGUGUGUGACAACUGAUAACGUUUCGGAAGAACUGUGUUUUGUGGCUGAAAUUUGUCCAAAUGGAACCGAGUUUGGAUUGUAGAACUCCUCCAACAUCACCAGAGCUAAGCCGUUUAAAGACAAAGCGUCGAUGCCCAUUUGGAGAGUCUCCUCAACCUUUGAAGGUCCCGGCGUCUGAAAGCGUAAUGGCGCGCGAUGACAGUUCCACACGUACAACUGAUCAAAGUUCCACGUCAAUCACUGGUACACACUUAAAAGACAAUAUUUUUUAAAAAACUUGUGGCCUAGGAUGGAUAACUCGAAGAAAAUGAUCGCAUUAGUUUUAAACCAUUUAAUUUUAACUUGUAACUUGUCUUGCUUUCUUUUCGCUUCCCGAUUUCACUUGGAAAGCGAAGGAGAGCCUUCGCUUAGAAGAUUUCCGUAUAACCCUGCACUCUUCGUAAUAACAAAGCUGUGGUCUAUAUGGUAUCGUUUUUUCCUUCGUUUUCCUUUGUCAGGGCAUAUGCAUAAUAAGCCAGGCUCCAGCUGUGCAGAAAUUUUGCUAGUGCUUUGUUGUUGCCGCCCCCCCUUCCUAAUAAACAGGGUGGGGAUUUUGGAGUUGAGCCAGGAGGCACCCCAGCGUACGUUCCUUUAGGGUGGUUUUAUCGAAUAUCUUGAAUUUGAUUCUGGUUACUCACAAAUUCACUUGUGUGUUUUUAAGUAGAGCCAUUUCUGGAAUACAACCAAAGAUCACCCUUUAAAUGUGGUACCUUUCAGCUUGUGCAUUUGAGGUGCUCAUGAACAGCCAGAGAAGUCAAAGGGAUGCUGUCCAUACUUCUCCACUACAACCAGCUGUGACUAGUUCUUCCUGUCAAUGUUGGAUUUGUCACCAUUAGCGAUUCUAUACCUGCAUUCUCUUGAACACAAUUGUUUACAUUGAGAGAUAAUAAAUAGUAAAUGGUGAUGCUUUGGAGCGAAACUACUGUUGCUUUUCUGCUCACUAUCGCUAUGAUAAUCAUGAAGCGUCCUUUAUUGUGCAACAUGCCAGGAGCUGCGCUGGCAGCAAAACAAGGCAACCAGAGGUGGUACAGCAAUCGAGAACGGGAAAGGCCAGGGAUGAGUCCACAAAUACCCAUGUAAACAACACAUCACAUACACACUGCUUUGUAACAUACAUGUAUAUACCACAAACUUUCUACUGGUUUUAUCGUUGAAGACCCUUACUUGGAAGAGCAAUUUUUGUUACCAGUAACCUAACAUCGGUAUGUACAUUCUCCAUACUUUUCUCUAUACAUUUCCUGAGGUGCUGACAAGGAGAAUUUGAUUGAAGUGUUGGUGAUCAUUUCCUUUAUUCUCAUGACCUUAAUGUGUGAUUCAGGGGUGAUUUUGUAGGGAGAAAUUAGAUGCUGGUCACUCUUAAGGGUUAAAGGGUUAAGUUUAUGUUUAUUUGUGAAAUUCAUAUCCCUUAACUCUUUAACUCCCAGAAGUGAUGUUUUAACCUGUAACUUCUCACAACAAUAUCCAUAGAUUAUCCAUCAAACGGGUAGUGAGAAUACUUAAACUUAUCAGGUUGAAGUUAUUAUCUCAAUUUAAAACCAAAUUCUUGUAACUAUUUUACAGGGAAAUGUGUAGCAGCUAGAGGGGAGAAUUAACAAUCAGAUCUGGGAGUUAAAGGGUUACUGGUAAUCCUUUCACUUCAGUGAGUGGAGAUAGUCCUCGGCAUUGACUGGCUAGAACUGCGUGUAAGCUUUUAUGCACACUAAGUUGCAUAAAGGUUGUUACCUAAAAAGCCUUCGCAAUGAAUGAUGAGACACACCCCCCCCCCCUUCACCUUUAUAGGUCAGAUGUUAAUAAUCACCACCAUUAGUUGCAUGUGGUGAAUGAUGGAAGCUAUCCAAACUUUGCUGGAAGAAAAGGGUUUUCAUCAAAAAAUAUUUUCCAUGAAUGAGAAGAGAAGUGAAUAUUAGAGGCUUCAAAAUCCCCCUGGCAACUGAACUUUUGAAGAUUGGUUUGUUCAAAUUUCCCUCCCUCCUCCUGACCUGGGGAAAAAAUUGUGUUCAGAUGCCCCAACCAUCCUAAAGCUUGUAUUCUGCUUGAAAGAUUUGGCACCUCCUUUUCAAUUCCCCACCCCAGCCUGGAAAGGUUCAAAUUCCUCACCCCAUGGGCACAGUUAAAUGCCCAUGGCUUGCCUGGGGAGGGGGAUAUUAAAGCUUUGAAUUGAAUAGGACACUGUAUGUGAACAUUUCCCAUAAAGCUGUUGGGUCUCAUCAUUUAUAGAACAUGCUAUUCAGGUGCCAAUUUUUUUGCAGUUCAGUGUAUGUUUUUGUAUAUGUUUAGCAUUUGCCAUGUCACCAGUAUUUUCUAAAGGUAAAGUAAGUAUUGAUGAAAAAUUUGGCAUACAAGGCUGUAGCAUUUAUUAUUAACUUGAAAGUAUUUUCCUAUAGGGCUUUUAUUCAAAGGUUGAACUUAUUUAAAAAAAUCACAUUUAUUAAAUCCCUGUCAACAAUAAUGUAAAUAUCAUGUUGAAUAAGAACAUGUUUUAAAUUCC